CAAACCCCAAAUCCUCCCGCCCCCUGUCACAAUAGCUGAAAUGUCAAUCUCCGCCGCCAUCCACCGCACUCUCUUCAAAGACAAGGACGGCGGCGGCGGUGGCAGUGGAGGCAGUGGAGCUCUCUCCGCCAUCAUCAGGCACCGCUUCCUCAGCUUCUUAAUUUGGCAAUCGCUCCAAUCAACCCUCAUACUCUUCCUCUCCAAAACCCUUCUUCUUUCCCCCUUUACUAAGUACCCAUUUUCCCCCAUUUUUCUAUCCCUACUCUACUUCCUUUGCUUCCACUUGUCUCUCUUCGUAUUCUCCGUCUCCCUCUUCUUCGUUUCUUCUCCGCAUCCUCUGCAGUUCGCCUCCCCUCUCGAAAUCUCGCUUUCGUUUAUUCACCUAAUAUUUGUUUCCGGAGGGGAGCAGAGCUUGCUGAGGACGAGGGUCAGAGUGUCGUUGAGCUUCGUUCUGUUUGUGUGCCUCUGUGCUGUGGCCGGCGCGGUUUCGGCGAUUUCUGUGUGCUGGGGCUGUGAUGCUUAUUAUGAUGCUGAUUCGGGUUCGAUUAGGGUUGGUGUUUUGGGGUUUAGGGGUUUCGUGAUCGGAUUGAUUUAUGGCUUGCAUUAUGUGUAUAAGCAACGGUGGGUUUUCAGGUUUCCGAUAAUUCAGCGCCCUCCGUUCUUCAGCUACAAAAUGGGGCUUCCCUUGUCUAUUAGACAGGCUUUAAGGUUUUCUGCUGUUGGCUUUGCACUAUCUGGGAUACUAUCUUUUUUCCUGCCUAAUGAGUACAAGAGUCAAGGUUCAGUUGGAAAGUUUGUUGUUGAGCAGAUUGUGUUUUAUCUUGGGAGUUUUGUAGUAGUUCUUUGCUGGGAACUAAGCCACCAUGUGCAUCAGGUUCUGCAUACCAAGAGAUUUGUAUUUGCGCCCCCAAAAGGAUCAGCAGCAGCAGAAACAAAUCCAAGUGAGCCGCUCCUGGCCACAAUUGAAGAAAGCACCCCUAAUUCACUUUUGCAAUAUCUUGCUUAUCUUGAUCUCUGCAUGGUGUGUGAAAAUAGUGUUGAUUCAUGGCGCCGAGCUGCCUUCUUUGAGGAGACCGGUGAGACUUAUAGAAGAGUUAUAGCUGCUUGCCUACGGCCUCUGGAACACUUCACCCUGAAACUAGCUGAAGGUCUAGAGUGUUCUUCAGCUGAUAAGUCGAUGCAACUAUCUGACCAGUUAACUUCACCAACGGAACGGCUUGCUGUUCUAAAACUCAAUGUCUCAUUUUUUGAUGCUCAGCUGUGUGCAUGGUGUGCUCGGGUUGUUGCUUCAUUAACUUCAAGGUCGCGCAAGGAGGACAAAUUUGGUGUUGCUCAACUCUCAGGGAGUAAUGCUGCUGUAAUCUCGACACUGCUAUCUAGUUUGUUAGCUGUGGAAGCUCUCAUGGGAAAGAAAACCAAUGUACAGUCCGCGCAUUUGAUGGGUCCUGCUGGAAUCAAAUGGGCCACUGUCAACACUGGCAGAAGGGAGUCAACAGCAGGUGCAAUGGGGAAAAUAAGAGGGAGCCCUCUGUAUGCGAAAGCUUAUUCAAUGGCUGAUAUCCUGAAAACUUCAAUUUACUGCAUUGCAUCUGCUUUUCAGAAUGAGAUGCUGGGCAGUGGGAAAGCAGGGCUCCUUGAGAAGGAAUGGAUCAUUAGCAGUAAACCGCUUUAUGGAACUCAAGAGCUCCUCCUACACAAAUUGAGACUUUUCUUGGACCACCAGGCAAACUAGUGCCUCAACUGCGUGAGCUCUGAAACAUGUUUUGCUGCCAAGACAAACUCUUGAGAGGCAACAGUGUGGGGUUUUCUUCCUCUUAAACGAGGAAAAUGUGGCUGACCUGUGCAUUUUUUGACUGGAAACUGUAUCACUUGAGAAGUAAUCAUCUGUAGAGGAAUCAUGAUGCCUAAGUGUUAGUUGAAUAUUUCCUGCACUGUAAAAUAUCAUGUUAAAUUGGAAGAGAAAGUUGUUUUCUAAAAAAAAUUUCUUGUUUUGGAUGCU